UGUUUCUGAAAUUUAUGCAUCAGUAGUUUGAUAUUUGCAACUAUUCCCCAAGCAUGCUCUAAAAAUAAAUGUAAAAGUGUAGACUGCAUGUGGUGUGCAGUGUUUUAUUUCUUAUGCUUUGGUCAGAGGUACAUAAUUGUCCAAACACUUUUUCUAAGUGAGACAAGUUUAUUUUAUAUCCCUUUAUCAAGUGUUUUUUUUUGUUUGUUUGUUUGUUUUUGUUGUUUUUUUUUUUGUCUAGUAGGUUGAAAAGUCAUACCAUCUCAGGGAAGCAGCAGCACAUUGUGGGUUUCUUGGAGCACCAGCUCUAAUCAGUAAUGAGCAGAUGAUAACGAGUUAAACAGUGCCUGGUAAACAACGCAAUCACAGUGGCAACCCUGCACAAGCAACAUCAAAGAGCAGGGAACUUUGGUGUUCCUGAGUCAGUAAGAAACAUGCCCGGGAUCUCACCUGCCAGAGUGCCUGCAAUUUUUACAUAGAUUUCUGUAGGUCUUGUAACCAUGUCUGUUAAUGCGACAGAGAAUGAUCCUCCUAGAUUCUUUGUGGGUGGAGAAGAUGGAGAAGGAUUGUUGGAUUCAGCCAGAUCUACAGAUUAUGAGCACUUCUAUGACCAUGGGGAUGAAGAAGAGGAAGAGUAUGACUCUCCACCGGAAAGACAAAUCGCAGUUGGGAUUUGUUCAAUGGCUAAGAAAUCAAAAUCCAAACCAAUGAAAGAAAUUCUUGAACGCCUCUCUAUGUUUAAGUAUAUAACUGUGGUGAUAUUUGAAGAGGAUGUUAUUUUGAAUGAGCCAGUAGAAAAUUGGCCUUUAUGUGACUGUCUCAUUUCUUUUCACUCUAAAGGGUUUCCACUGGACAAAGCAGUAGCCUAUGCAAAACUCAGGAAUCCAUUCAUAAUCAAUGACUUGAAUAUGCAGUAUCACAUACAAGACAGAAGAGAAGUCUAUGGUAUUCUUAAAGCUGAAGGCAUUUUACUUCCUCGCUAUGCAGUUCUGAACCGUGAUCCAAACAAUCCGCAAGAAUGCAACUUGAUUGAAGGAGAAGAUCAUGUAGAAGUGAAUGGAGAAAUUUUCCAGAAGCCCUUUGUAGAAAAGCCAGUUAGUGCUGAGGACCACAAUGUUUAUAUUUAUUAUCCAACAUCUGCUGGAGGUGGAAGCCAGAGGCUCUUUCGAAAGAUUGGCAGCAGAAGCAGUGUUUAUUCUCCUGAAAGCAGUGUGAGGAAAACAGGCUCCUAUAUUUAUGAGGAAUUCAUGCCUACAGAUGGAACUGAUGUGAAGGUGUACACAGUAGGUCCAGACUAUGCUCAUGCUGAGGCCCGGAAGUCUCCGGCUCUGGAUGGCAAAGUAGAAAGAGACAGCGAAGGAAAAGAAGUGAGAUAUCCAGUCAUCCUGAAUGCAAGAGAGAAGUUAAUUGCUUGGAAAGUAUGCCUUGCCUUUAAGCAAACAGUUUGUGGCUUUGAUUUGCUACGUGCUAAUGGACAGUCCUAUGUUUGUGAUGUGAAUGGCUUCAGUUUUGUGAAAAACUCCAUGAAAUACUAUGAUGAUUGUGCUAAGAUACUAGGAAAUAUCAUAAUGAGAGAACUUGCUCCCCAAUUUCAAAUACCAUGGUCAAUUCCUUUGGAAGCUGAAGACAUUCCUAUUGUGCCAACUACCUCUGGAACAAUGAUGGAGCUUAGAUGUGUUAUAGCUGUAAUACGCCAUGGUGAUCGAACACCAAAGCAAAAAAUGAAAAUGGAAGUAAAACAUCAGAGAUUUUUUGAUCUCUUUGAAAAAUGUGAUGGAUAUAAAUCUGGAAAACUGAAACUGAAAAAACCAAAACAGUUGCAGGAAGUGCUUGAUAUAGCAAGGCAGCUCCUUGUAGAACUUGGGCAAAACAAUGAUUCUGAAAUUGAAGAAAGUAAAGCAAAACUUGAACAGCUAAAGACUGUGUUAGAAAUGUAUGGGCAUUUUUCAGGCAUAAAUCGCAAAGUUCAGCUAACAUAUCUUCCUCAUGGCUGCCCUAAGACUUCAAGUGAAGAGGAAGAUAAUAGAAGAAAUGAGCCAUCCCUGCUUCUGGUUCUAAAAUGGGGAGGAGAGUUGACCCCUGCAGGCAGGGUUCAAGCAGAGGAGCUUGGAAGAGCUUUCAGGUGUAUGUAUCCAGGCGGACAAGGAGAUUAUGCUGGAUUUCCUGGAUGUGGUUUACUUAGAUUACAUAGCACUUACCGACAUGAUCUCAAAAUCUACGCUUCUGAUGAGGGACGAGUUCAGAUGACUGCAGCAGCUUUUGCAAAGGGACUACUGGCCUUAGAGGGAGAGCUGACUCCUAUUCUUGUCCAGAUGGUAAAAAGUGCUAAUAUGAAUGGUCUGUUGGACAGUGACAGUGAUUCUUUAAGCAGCUGUCAACAUCGUGUUAAAGCAAGGCUCCAUGAAAUUCUCCAGAGAGACAGAGAAUUUACUGCUGAUGACUAUGAUAAGCUCACUCCAUCUGGAAGCAUCUCAUUGAUAAAAUCAAUGCAGGUUAUUAAAAAUCCUGUGAAGACAUGUGACAAGGUCUAUUACUUGAUCCAGAGUUUGACUUCUCAGAUCAGGCAGAAAAUGGAAGACCCAAAGUCUGCAGAUAUUCAGCUGUACCACAGUGAAACUCUAGAACUGAUGUUGCGCAGGUGGGCCAAGUUGGAAAAAGACUUCAAAACAAAAAAUGGAAGAUAUGAUAUUAGCAAAAUUCCUGAUAUUUAUGACUGUAUAAAAUAUGAUGUACAACACAAUGGAUCCUUAAAAUUAGAAAACACGAUGGAAUUAUAUAGGCUUUCAAAGGCUUUAGCUGACAUUGUAAUUCCUCAGGAAUAUGGUAUUUCUAAAACUGAGAAACUGGAGAUUGCCAAAGGUUACUGCACUCCUCUAGUCAGAAAAAUUCGUUCUGACCUUCAGAGAACUCAAGAUGAUGACACUGUUAAUAAGCUUCACCCUCUCUACUCCAGGGGUGUUAUGUCCCCAGAACGCCAUGUUCGUACCCGGCUAUAUUUCACCAGUGAGAGUCACGUUCACUCCCUGUUGUCCACCCUUCGUUAUGGUGCCUUAUGUGAUGAAUCAAAAGAUGAACAAUGGAAACGAGCUAUGGAUUACUUAAAUGUGGUCAAUGAACUCAAUUACAUGACACAGAUUGUCAUCAUGCUUUAUGAGGAUCCAAACAAGGAACUUUCUUCAGAAGAGCGUUUUCACGUAGAGCUGCAUUUCAGUCCAGGAGCUAAAGGCUGUGAGGAAGAUAAAAAUUUGCCAUCUGGAUAUGGAUACAGACCUGCCUCCAGAGAGAAUGAAGGCUCGAAGAAAACCUCUCAUAGAAAUGAUAGUGAUGAGGAGGUACAUGCUCAUAAAAGAGAUGAAACGGAUCGAUCAGUAGUGAUGUUCAAGCCAAUGGUAUCAGACCCAAUCCACAUACACAGAAAGUCACCCCUUCCAAGAUCCAGGAAGAUUGGUUCUGUUGAAGAAGAGAGCCCCCUGAGUGUGUCUAGCCCAGAGUGUAUUGGUACCUGGCUGCAUUACACCAGUGGUGUGGGUACUGGGCGUCGAAGACGCAGAUCAGGGGAACAAAUCACUUCUUCCCCUGUCUCCCCUAAAUCACUGGCUUUCACAUCCAGUAUUUUUGGCUCAUGGCAACAGGUCCUAUCAGAAAGCAAUAGUAAUUUACGAACACCAAGAACUAUUCUGGAACAAAAGCAGAGUGGUUUAGGGUCUCACUGUGCGGGCCUGUUUAGCACCUCAGUGCUCGGGGGUUCUUCAAGUGCACCUAACCUACAGGAUUAUGCUCGUACGCAUCGUAAAAAGCUGACUUCUUCUGGCUUCAUAGAUGACACCACACGCGGUUCUGCUGUUAAAAGGUUUUCUAUCUCAUUUGCUCGACACCCAACCAAUGAACACCCACACCUCUUUAGGUGCUGGUCCAUUUCCUCUGUGGAAUUUCUAGGCUCCAGUGGUUUUGAACUGUAUUCCAUGGUGCCUUCUAUUUGCCCUUUGGAAACUCUACACAAUUCCUUGUCUCUGAAGCAGGUGGAUGAAUUUCUUGCUUCUGUUGCUGCUCCAUCAAGGGAAAAUCUACAGGAAACAUCAUCUCCAACUCAGAUGAUGCCCCUUUCAGGAAGAAAAAUUUCUUUAAAUACAUUUACCGCUGCAAAAAUUCAACCAACUCUACUUGAAACUUUGCCUGAAAGGCUAGCAGUAGAGAAAUUAAACUUAUCUACCCUUGGAUGUCCUGUUAAUGUAUCUAAUACUAAACCGUCUCUUGAAGAGGCCUCACUAGAUGCAGAACUUUGUGGUGAAACUCUUUCUGAGAAGAAAUGAUCAGACAAAACUGGAAACAACUUCUUAAAUAGUACUUUAGUGCACAUUCAAGCAAAUUACUGAACUGUCAAAAGCCAUUCAUGUCUGCAUCUGCAAUUCAUAGUGCACAUAAGAAUCUUUAUACAUGGUUAAUUAGUGUGCACAAUAUUUAGGUCACUUUUAAAAUGUUUCAGGAAAUAGACUUAAGCAGUUUGAUGAACCACACAUCUUUUAAUGGACAAGCCGCACAUGAACCUUUUCUGUGUCUUCAAGUAUCUACUGUAAACCUGUACAAAAAUAAAAUGGUAUGUGUUACAGCAGCUCUGUUGAUGUCACAUUUCAUUACAUCGCUUGAUGUAAUGAAAACAUUGUCUGUUGCCAUCAUAAACUUCUGUUUUCAGGAGUUUAUAAUCUCCCUGUGAAUUUCUUCCGUGUUCUGAAAUGUAACACGCAUCAUGACUUUUUUAAAAUUUAACUACAUUUCCAAAGAGAUCUCUUUUCCUUGGUUUGGAUAUAAGCAGAUAUUUUCUGUAUUUUAGUUAUUUUAUAUCAUAUAUGCUGCAAUAAUUAGGCACGAUGGAGCAAGUUCAUGUAUCAGCACUUUUGAUGACUUUUUUUUUUCUGUGUUUACAUCAGGCCUGUAACAUUCAAAUGUACCUUCUUAUAUACAGGUACCUGUGUAUUGUCCAGCAGAUAAAAACUGUCUUUUAUAUGUUUUUAUCAAAACCUUCUAUUGCUUACUAAAAACCAGUUUUAUUUUCUUUGCCAUGUGUUUCUAGAAAAAGGGGAUACUAAAAAGCAGGUUUUGUAGAAGGAGAAAUGGUUACAGCUGGUCUGCUACUAGGUUUAAUCUAAAUACUGUAAAUAUUCCAUCUGUGCUUUAUUAUCAUCCUUUUACCAUAGAGAAAGAUUGUGGACUAGCAGAACUCAGUGCAUACUGUUCCAGAAUACUCAGGAUUCAUCAUGGCCUGGGAAUUUUCAGACCCUUCUCCUUCCAGUCUAGGUAGCUGACAGCAGCUCUCAAAAAACAAACAAACAAAAAAACCCAAACAAACAAACAAAAAAAGAAAAAAAAAAGAAAAAAAAAGCAAGCAAAAAAACCAGACAAAAUUCACAAAACAAACAAAUAAAAAUGGCAAAAAAUUUGAACAUUUUAUAAGAGAUGAAAGAAACAUUUCUAAAUUGGUGGAAUAUGGAGUUAUGGUUUUAUUUAGAAUAAUUAUCCAGUCUUAAGCAAUUGUAUUUUUUUUCUGUGGCAUGAAGAAUUACUGGGUUAUGAGUAUCCCAGAUUAUGAAAAUAUAGACCACUUCUUUAAGUUCAAGUGGCUGAGUAGUAAGAAUGGACUUCAUAACUGCAAGAUAGGUAAUUCCUUUCAUGUUUAAGUUGGAAAUUCCUUUCAUGUAGAAGGCAUAGCUUAUGAAUAAGAUGUUUAAGUAGGGCUCUUACUUGUCUCUAGAGCCAGUGCAAAUAUAGUUACAUUCACUUUGCCACAGGGUCUUUUUUCAAUGUUUACCAUAUAUGAAAUGGCUUCAGAAGACUAUUUCUAACAAUUCUGGUUAAACACCAAAUAUAUGAAAGGUUUCAGAGCUAUAUACUUCAAGCAUUUUAUUUUCUGUAGUGUAAUUGUGUGGCUGACAAUGUUGGUCUUGCAUACAACUGAAUGUACACUUGUUUACCGUUUAAAAAAAACCAAACCUAAACAUGUAAGUAUACGUAUCAUUCCAGUCAACCAAAGCUGUGGCAUAACUUUUUAUGUGCUUCUAAAUAAAAUCUAAGU